CUUGCAUUGUAAACCAUUCGGUCAUCUUUUUCAGGACAACACGUUACGUUGUCGUUUUGGGUUUUCGUAUGAUUUGUGGCUUAUUUUAUCUUUGGGUAACUUCAGGUUUGGUGCAAGUGAACAAUGGCGUGCAGGUGAGUGGUGUGCCUGCAUCGGAGGACGUGUCGUGGUGUUGCGAGGCAGGGUUCUGUGAACUGUUAUGGGUUUGCCGACGUGUUUCUGUGACUACUUAUGUGGUCUGAGAGAUUCGCUGAGAAGUCUUUUCGUAAUUCAUAAGUUGGAUCAGAUCUCAAAUGUGGAGCGCAGGAAAAUGGAGGAUAAACAAAAGGAGCUGUUGCAUCCAAAAAUGACUACUGUGCUCCAGCAGCGACGACAGGCUAGUGCAACAAAAGAGAAACGUAAUGUUGAAAUGGUUAAAAAACCCAAAGCAAUCACUGGACUUAUCUAUUCACUCACUUUGAACAUGGUACUUGUCUUUGUAUUAUGUAUAACAAUGCCUGACCAAACAUCAACAUUUUUUCGAUUACUUCAUGGGUCAGUAUGUCUCGCUGCUCUGGUUAUUUCACGAGUUUGCAAUAGUAUAUGGUUUUCUGAUAUUGCAAACGCUUCAUUGAAAUACACGGGUGUUCAAACUCCAAGCCUGUCCUUAAGUCGAAUGACCGGUGAUUUUUGUUCUUCGAUACUUCUCGAUUCUGUCUUUUUCUUGCAAUCACUAUUCGUCAGCAGUGUUCCGGUACCUUUUAUCUCUACAGUAUUUUCUUUUAUCCACAUAACCUUGCUUAAUUCCUUGUUCAGUUUUGAGUACUUAUGGAUGUCACUUGGAAUUGGCUUACGAGCACGCGUUAAUCUUAUUGAACGUAAUUGGCCAUAUUUUUUGGGUUAUGGCACCGUGCUUACCCUUCUUACUAGCUUAACGGAUAAUAUGAUGGUGAAUGCAAUUUUGUUUGGUGCUCUGUUUCCAUUUUGCAUCAUUAGCAGCUUUUUGGCAGAAGCAGGCAAUUAUAAACAAAGAAUGCAUCCUUACGUCCAUAUAUUUGGUCCUUCAAUUGCGACUACAAAUUACAUGACAUCAGGCCUCUCUGAUUUACUGAAAUCAAUUGGAUAUAAAAAUGCGGGACAAAUAAACGCUUUAAAGAGUAGAAUGUUGUUUCGUGAUCACCAUUCACAUUCACCGAUGCGAAUAAGUACGAACCCUACAGUUGGACAAGCCAGAACCAAAAGUUCUGUUGACUAAAAUGGACUUCAUUCUUUUUCCUCUUAAAUUAAUCAAUUGGACAUUAAGUUGAAGGGAAUAUAUCACCCUGAUUUUUUUUUCGAAUGAUCUUAAUUUGUGGAAAUUUUGUCUUCUAGUUUAAGUUGUACGUAGUCGUAGAAUGCUACUUACUUACAGCUGAUUUAUUGCAUUAUAUAUAAAACUUUUUUUUUUUUUU